UGGGGAAUAUUUCCCCUAGUCUAGGGGAAAGCACUAUUUUGCCUCUCUACGUUCUCUUUUAACCAUUUGAUCAGCUGAUUUUACCGGAGAGAUAACAAUGACAAUGUAACCUCGGCUGUCGGAGUAGAGUAUAGAAUGCAUUUGACCGACGGACGGUAGGAGGGUCAAACCUAGUGUAAUUACACUAAACGUUGAAGAUCAGAGGGGUACACAGCAUAUUAAUGGGGUCCAGCAGAGAUAUCCUGAGAUUGUCCCCGCAGAUGUACAACGCCUUGAAGCAGGGGAACGUGAAGGAGGUGGAGGAUCUGCUCAAGCAAGGGAUGGAUCCGGACACAACCUUCUCUGUUAUGGGCGGUAAAAAGCCGGCGCUCUGCGUAGCUGCCGAGGAAGGUUGUGCUAUGAUUAUUCAACUUCUUUGUUCCCACCAUUGCUCUACCGCACAGCUGGACAAAGACGGGCUUUCUCCUCUUCACAUCGCCGCGGCGAAAGGAUUUGUUGAAGCAGUUCGAGUUCUGAUCAAAAAUCGCGCAGAGGUAAAUCGUGCCGCGGCGACUAGUAUUCAAGAGACCCCGCUUCUACUGGCAUGUAAUAAUAACAACACCGGGAUAAUUUCUGUUCUCAUUCGGGCCGGGGCGGAAGUAAACCGGUGGAAUAGCAACGGUACAACGCCGUUGAUGAGUGCGGCGGACCAGGGUAAUGUUGAGGCGGUUAGAAUGCUGGUUGAAGCGGGUGCAGAUGUUCAAGCACGGGAUCGGGAAGGUUGCACUCCACUGCACAGGAACGCCUUCUCUCUCCGCCCUAGACUUGAGAUAGUACAGAUGCUCUGUCCGAGCUCCGAGGUUUCAAACCUAGUCAACGUGCAGGGAUACAAUUCUUUAAUGUCCAUCGUAUCCAACGAUAUGCCUGAAUUCUUGAAGGUGGAUAUAGUGGAUUAUCUUAUAAAAAUGAACUGUAAACUUAACACAGUUAGUAUAGUUGGAGCCACCGCUCUGCACCAGGCCUGCUUCCGAAAAAAUUGGAAUAUCGUUGAGAAGUUAAUCAAGGCCGGAGCUAGGACUAAUAUUCCAUGUGUCCUAGGACGCACCACGCUCUGUGCAGUCCUGGAGAGAGGACAGUUUUCAUUAGCAGAGAUGAUGCUGGCAGCUGGAAAUCCGUCCCAGCUCAGUGAGGGUGAGAAGAGUAAACUAGGAGAAGAAGCUAGAAAGUUUCUCCAGGUUGUCAACUGUACUGUAAAGAGUUUAAAGUUCUCCUGUAGGAGCAGUAUCCGGAGAGGAAUAGGAGAACAGGGGCUACAUCAGAAAAUUGACACUAUUGGUCUUCCAUUAAUCAUAAAUGAAUAUGUCAAAAAUUUGAAUCCUUUAGGUAGCUAGAGACAGACGGCUGUUUAAAUUUGAAACAAGUGCUACAGUUAUAUUAAUCAAACAAAUUGAUAUUUUAAUCUCACAAAUUGAUAUCUAAAGUCAAAAAUUGAUAUUUUAAACUGUUCAAACGUCGUAAAUCAUUGUUAAUAAUUGUAACUUAUGCCUUCCAUUCAGAACUAAGCAAAAAAUUUUAACGUAUCAUAU